AGCCUUUGGUCUCCCUCUUGUCUUUGCAUCUAUCAUACCUCUCUCUCAUCUUGUUAAACCUAGAAAAUAUUACCAUCGACGAACUUAGCGGAAGGAAGAUCCAUUCCGACAAGGGACAACCAUUUCGGCUAAUAUAAGGGAAUCUCAGAUGUAGGUUAUCGAUAUAUUUCCCGUGUUCGAUGUAUUUUGUUGUUGUUCGCUGUUCGCUAUUGUUUCGCCGGAAAAUUGGUUCGUUGCUUCUUCUGUUUUCUUUCAUUGAUUUGAUAGAUAUGAGUCAAGAAAGACCUUUAGAGCCCAAAAGAAAGACAAGCGCAACAUACACAAAACCUGGAACAAUGACAUCUUUUGCAAACCAAAUAAGGACUUCGUUUAGCCAAAAAUAUGUUGUUCCCGCUAGACAAUCAAACAAAGAGCGGCCUAAUAUUAUUGUAGAGAAUUUGCCAAGAGCAGUAGCCCAUGCACAAACUAGAUCAACCACUUUUGCAAAAUAUGUUGCUCCUGCUAGACAAUCAAACAAAGAGCGUCUGAAUAUCAUCGAAGAGAAUCUGAUAGUGCCACAAUAUUCAGAAGUAACAGCCCAUGUACAAACAAUAUCAACCACUCCUACAACACAAGUAAUAGAGGAACAAGUUCAGUUGGAUUCUAUAACUCCUAUUGAAGAUGAACAAUGUGAAGAACAAGGUAAGAACCUAUAG